CGUAUGAGUACGCCUCCACCAAUAGCAACGCAGUUGGGCGGAACAAGAUGGCGGCGCUGGCAGCGCUAACUUGCUUUAGGACGCUAAAAUUUUGCGGGCGGAGCAGCCAUUCCCUUUCUCCGUGGCAUCUGCUGAGAGCCUCACCCCAUACCACGCACAACAGUGCUUAUAUGCCAAGGAUAAGAGUGCAUUCGGUAGCAUCCUCUUCCUCUGGAGAGACCCUGGCUAAUUCUAACGAGGGGCAGAUUUACCUCAGUGAGAGCUGUGUAAAGAGACUGUUGGAGAUUGCAGAAGGGUCUGAAUUUCUCAGGCUGCAGGUGGAAGGAGGUGGCUGUUCUGGUUUCCAGUACAAAUUUUCUUUGGAUACAGUUGUUAAUCCUGAUGACAGGGUUUUUGAACAAGGUGGUGCCCGAGUGGUUGUGGAUUUGGACAGCCUAAGCUUUGUGAAAGGGGCAAUGGUGGACUUCAGCCAAGAACUAAUUCGCAGUUCAUUUCAGGUGGUGAACAAUCCACAGGCAGAACAAGGCUGUUCUUGUGGAUCGUCCUUCUCAAUUAAGCUCUGAGCAGCCAUCUCCAUCUGAACUCUAGUGGAUGCUGAGUGGCAGAUCUCUUUUUAGUUGUGUUCAGUUUCCUGCAGCAGCUGGUAUAAUUGGUUGUACGGUACAAUUCAAAUAGUCAGAACUCAUUCUUGGAUAAGAACUGCUCUCUCCAGGACUAUGUGUAAAGUGGGCUGAUCACAUUUGUUCUCUGAAUCCCUUAUGCAUCUUCUCAGUAGGAUCCUAGACUCCCUCCAUAGCAUUUGAAACAAUCUGUCACCUUGAGAGAUUUGUACAUACUUCUGUCGUUUAACAUAUUUUGUUUUUUAAAGUGAUUUUCCACUGCUUGUAAUUUUCAUGUCUGUUAAUAGCCAUUUUGAGGCCAAGAGGCUCAGUGUUGUUUUGAAAGGGAGGAAAGAAUUUCAUGAUUAUAAUGCUGAAUAAUUAAUGCCUAGAUUCUGUUUCUCCUUCAAAUUCAAUGGGGAAUUGAAAGCUUAAUUUUUAGAAUAGAACUGGACUUUGAGUAGCACUGCAUGCCUCUUAGAGAAUUUUUUUCUUUGACGACAAAGGAGAUCCUGUGUCUCAUUUUGGAAGGCUUGCCGAGUGUUCAUCAGUGAAGGGUGUCCAAGUGAGUAUUCUUCAUAACAAUUUAUAUCAUGACUGCAUUUAUACAUGGUUCUUUGUAGUCCUUUCUGUUGUUCAGCUGGGGAUCAUCCCCAAAUAAACCUCAGCUGCCUUUUGCUUUAGAGAA